AUAAGAGCCACGAUCACUUGAUUUUUUUUUUUACUUGGUUCUUCUGUGUGUUUGAUGACAAUGAGUGAAAUCAACGCUACAAAAACAACAUGAAAGCAUGAAAGAAGCACAAAAAUGUCGGGUUCAACAAGAGCCAAAGCCAAUGGGUGAAACGUAAGCGAAAGAGAGAGCGUGAAAGGGAGGAGAGAUUUGCUAGUUGGAUUGCAAAGAAGCCCAAGAGCGAGGUCCAACCAGUCCCCCCAAAGCAAAAGCGUGCAGGAGAGUCCAGGGAGGAACGAGGGAAUGGACUGUUUGAGGCUUUUUGAUGAGGGAGUGAUAAAUGAUAAAUGAUGUAGCUUUUUGAAAUUUGAGGUGAUGGAAGAUUGGAAUCCCAUCGAGCAAGUAAAGUUGACACAUCUGGAACUCUGCAUGCCGUGUAAGGCUGUGACUUCGUUCUUCUGAGAGAAGUGAGAAGCUAGCUAGGCUUAGGAGUGGAUCAGCAGGGAUACAUGCCUGCUGGGUGCUUAGCUCCCUAAACCCAUUUGUUACAUAGAGAAGAGAAGCCAUAAGAUAACGAAAAGAACCCUGGAUCCCUUUUUUCUUUUCUUUUCUUUUUUAUUCAUAUCUAAUUUUGUUGGGCAAAGCCACUCCUGGACCUGGACCUGGACAGCAGCACUAGAGAGAAUGGAAGAGAGGGAGGACCUGAAGUCAAUAUUAGCAUUCUUACCGGUGGUUGCACGGAGCUGGAGUCUUUUCUGGCCAUCCCAAGUGGUGGAGACACUCAAGGACUUGGCCAGAGGUCCCCAGCACAGUGGGGUCAAUUCCGGGGAGGUUUUAUUCGCAGCCAUCUCCGACCUCAGGCGCUCUCUCUCUCUCUCCUCCUCUCAUCCUCUCACUCCUUGUGCCGCUGACGGAUACGCCCUCUUCUUCGAUGAGAUCAUGCCCAGGGAGGAAUCUGGAAAAUGGUUUGGAGAAGUAGUCCCCGCAUUAGCAAAUUUGCUUUUGCGGUUGCCCUCUUUGUUACAAGUUCACUAUCAAAAUGCAGAUGGGCUUAUUAAUGGACUCAAUACUGCUCUUCGUCUACUUGAUUCACAACAACCAGGAUUAGUGUUCCUCAGCCAGGAACUAAUUAGUGCUCUUCUUGGGUGCUCUCUAUUUUGUUUGUUCCCAGUCAUUGAUAGAAGUGCCAAACAUCUCCCAACAAUCAACUUUGAUCAUUUGUUUGACGCUCUAUAUGACAGUCAUAAUCAAAAGCAGGAGAGUAAGAUAUGGUGCAUUAUACACUACUUUGAAAAGAUAACUUCACGUAUGCCUACUGGUUUUGUGUCGUUCGAGCGGAAAGUACUUCCUUUGGAACAAACUCCACUAAGAAUUUCUUAUCCGAAGGCUGAGUUUUGGAGCAAUUCAGUCAUUCCACUCUGCCGUUUUGAGGUUCACAGGUCAGGCUUGAUAGAAGAUCAAUCAAGUGGAGCUCUCGAAGUUGAUUUUGCAAACAAGUAUAUAGGAGGUGGUGCUCUUCAUAGGGGCUGCGUACAGGAAGAGAUCCGUUUCAUGAUCAACCCCGAGUUAAUUGCCAGCAUGCUGUUCAUGCCUUCUAUGGCAGAUAAUGAGGCUAUAGAAAUUGUUGGAGCCGAAAGAUUUUCAAAUUAUACAGGGUAUGCUUCUUCAUUUCGUUUUUCUGGUGACUAUGUGGAUGAAAGGGAUGCAGACUCUUUUGGAAGACGUAAAACAAGGAUUAUUGCAAUAGAUGCGUUAUGCAGCCCAGGGAUGAAACAGUAUAAACAAGAGUUAAUCCUCCGGGAGACCAAUAAGGCGUUCUGUGGCUUUCUUCAUCAAUCGAAAUAUCAGGAGUACAGUAGAUUGGUUCGAGAGAAUGAACGACUGAACAGAGAUUCUGCUAUGAUUCAAUCUUUGGAUUAUGUGGAUGAUAUUGGGAUUGCAACUGGGAAUUGGGGAUGUGGUGCUUUCGGAGGAGAUCCUGAAGUGAAGGCCAUAGUUCAAUGGCUUGCUGCAUCUCAGGCACGAAGACCUUUCAUUUCAUACUACACUUUUGGCAUGAAGGCAUUGGAAAACCUAGACCGGGUAAGUCGAUGGAUACAGCUGCACCAAUGGACAGUAGGAGAUCUCUGGGAUCUGUUGGUGGAUUACUCAUUGCAGAGAUUGAAGGGAGAGACUAAUGAUGGAUUCUUUACAUGGCUUCUUCCAUCUCUACUAGCCAGUGAUACUGAGAUGUUGGAUUUGCCUGAUGAUUGAAGUCGUUGUAGCCUGGUUUCCUGUUCCUAUGUGUUUAUAUGCCUUUCUUUCCUUUGCAUACUAGGCUGUAAAGAUUAUUUUCAUAAUUUAGAAUUUUAGAGCUUUGGUGAAUUGGGCCAAGGGUAGAAACGGCUUUCUUGCAUAUGGAAUUGGGCCUAAUCUGUACAAGACGAGGAGAAUGAAGUAAGCACUCCCAACAAAAUGUAAAAUCCCCUAUUUUUUCCCUCAAAAAAAAAAAAAAGUUCAAAUUAUCAUCUAAGAAAGUGUUGUACAAAAGAAAUCCGAUAUAUUCUAAAUAAUUUGAUGCGUAAUUUUGGUGACCAAGAGUAUAUUCCUGGUACCAGAUAUAUAGUAGUGAA